AUGAAACAACCGCCUGGAUUUAUUGAUCCAUUGUACCCGGAUCAUGUGUGUCUUCUUCAAAAAUCCAUUUAUGGGUUGAAACAAUCACCACGAAAAUGGUUUGAAACCUUUUCAAAUUAUUUGUUAACUUAUGGAUUUAGACACAGUUCGGCUGAUUCCUCCUUGCUAAUAUUUCACAAGAACUCAGUUAGUCUCUACAUUCUUGUUUAUGUAGAUGAUAUAUUACUGACCGGCAAUCAUGAGCAGACCAUUCAGGAUCUUCUUAUGGGGCUUUUGACUCAAUUCCGGAUGAAGAAUUUAGGCCGAAUUUCCUACUUCUUAGGCAUGCAGAUUUCUUCCUUCUCUAAUGGGCUUCAUUUAUGUCAAUCUAAAUAUGCAAUUGAGAUUCUAAACCGAGCGGGUAUGAUUGAUUGUAAACCCAUUUCUUCUCCUGCGUCAUCUAAAUUUCAAUCCACCUAUGUUUCUGAACUGUCCGCAGUUCAGUCCAACAAUUUCCGCCAUCUUGUAGGUGCAUUGCAAUAUUUGACUAUUACACGUCCUGAUAUAGCUUUCACGGUAAAUAAACUCUGCCAAUAUAUGCAUCGGCCUCUUGAAGAUCAUUUUCUUAUGCUCAAACGGCUUCUACGCUAUGUUAAAGGUACCAUAUCAUAUGGAUUGCCAAUCUUACCUAGUUCACUUGAACUAUCUGCUUUUUCCGAUUCUGAUUGGGCGGGUGAUCCCGUUGAUCGUAAGUCAACUUCUGGUUAUUGUACAUUUCUUGGUACCUCACUUAUAUCUUGGCAAGUUAAGAAACAGAAGACUGUUGCUCGAUCUUCCACUGAAGCCGAGUACCGUGCUCUUGCUACGGCCACUACUAACAUUAUUUGGCUCAGACGUUUGCUAGAGGAAUUCCAACUUGAUCUUUCACAACCUACUCAGCUCUUUUGUGAUAAUAUUUCUGCUAUGGCCAUUGCUACCAAUCCUAUCUUUCAUGCGAGGAUGAAGCAUAUCGAGAUUGAUUUUCAGUUUAUUCGUGACUGUCUGAAGAAUCGCGUCCUCCAGCUAGCUCACAUACAUUCUCAAGAUCAGCUUGCUGAUUUAUUCACCAAGUCUCUAUCUAUUCCUCGUUUUGUUGCUCUUAGAAACAAGCUAACCAUCUCGAAAUCUCCUGUUAGCUUGUGGGGCGGUGAUAAGCUAGCUAAAAAGUAA